CCGUUUCCCCUGUCGAAGCAGAGGAGACUCUGGGUCUGGAGAUCGCAGUGGAUCCGGAGCAUGAUGGUGCAGAUUCCGCUUAUGGAGAUGACUUUCAGUCGUGAGUGGAAUGGCUGAUUUGUGCGGUGAGAUGACGACUGACAAAGGCAGGGAUACGACAUCGGUUGCGUCGAGGAUCUACAACGGAUUGAUGGAGAAUGGACGGCGAUAUCAGGUCCUUCGAGAAGACAAGUACUGGGGCCCGUCGGACGAGCAACAGUUCGAGACUAUGGAAGCCGGGUAUCUCGACUACCACGAAAAGAAUCGUCUUCACCGGGCGCCGAUUGGGGACUCCCCGCAGCACAUUCUUGAUAUCGGAACAGGCAAAGGCUCUUGGGCACAGGACGUCGCAGACAUGUACGAGAUGGCCACUGUCCGUGGGGUCGAUCUGUAUCCUCCCCCGGAUACAUGGGUCGCGCCAAACUGUAUUCUGGAAGUCGACGAUGUUCUGCAGCCGUGGACAUGGCGGGAACCGUUUGAUCUCAUCCACAUGCGACUCAUGCUAGGCGCGUUUACCCCAGCAGAAUGGGAUCGGGUGUACCAACAGUGCUACGACAAUCUCCGCCCCGGUGGAUGGAUCGAACAAAUCGAGCUCGACGUGCGGGUCAUGUCCGACGACGGGACGCUCCCCGAAGACAGUCUGCUGGCCGGUUGGGGGGAGACCUUCCUACGCUGCGGCCAACGGUGCGGUCGCCCGCUAGAUACCCAGACAACGAUGCGUGCCGCCAUUGAGCGGGCCGGAUUUGUCAACGCCAGCGAGAAGUUGUACAAGUGCCCGAUCGGCGCGUGGCCCAAGGACCCCCAGUUCAAAGACGCAGGCUCGAUCAAUCUGGCGCACUGGUCGUCUGGGCUGGAGGGCUGGGCCAUGUGGCUGCUGACCAAGUAUGGUGAGCCCGAGCCCUGGAAGAGAGAAGAGGUCCAGGUGUAUGUAGCCAAGGUGCGCCAGGAGCUCAAGCGACCGGGCCAGCACAUCUACCAUCUGACACGUCGUGUGUGGGCGCAAAAGCCAGAGAAAUAAUAGAGUGACAGUGUAUAGCCAUGUUGAUAUCAUAGAGUACAACGGAAAAUCCCUGUCCACUACAUAUGUCAUCGUGUCUAUAAACUACAUACGGAAACGCCACGAUUCACCCUUGCAUAUAUCCCUGCAAUGUAAGCCGUAUCCUCCAG